UGUCCUGGGCUGCUGCUUUUCCCUGCUGGGCUGAUCUUUUCACCCACAGAUACUCAUGUAUCCUUGCGGACAGCAUCCUCCCUGCAGCAGCGAUGUCCCUGCAUCAGCGGGAACAAUCCCCCAUGUGGGACCGAAAUCAUCAGAGGUGCCAUUUGGCUGGAUGUGUGCUGGAGCUGUGAUGGCUCUGGGGGAGAGCCUGGAAAUCAGGCAGAAACUCUGUCCUGCCCAAAUGUGCUGUGCUGUAAGGAGAGAAGGCAGCUCCCUUAUGGCUGCUAAAGCAAAAGCAUCGCAGGCUGGGAGCUGCGGGGGGAGAAGGGCAGCUCAGGCCCUGUGAGUGAGCCCGAUGACAUCGAGUUUCCUCGGCAGUGCCCUCCGGGGCACCUUCUUCCUCGUUUUUGGUCUCUGGUGGUCUGUGCGAUACCCCCUGAAGUAUCUCAGACGGAAAGUGAAUGCCGAGAACCAGCCAAGCUAUGGAGUCCAGCGCGCAGAAGUCUUUGAAGGGGCAGUCAAAGCUUUCUUUGCUCUGGCAGGGAUACUGGUGGAGCAGUUUGUUCCCUCUGGUCCCCACAUGACGCUGUACAGCCCCAAGACACACAGCUGGACAGACCUCACCCACUGGCACUACACCACCAUGUACCUCUUCUUCCUCCUCUCUGGCAUCGUGGAUGUCGUCUUGCACUCACCACUGAAGCUGCCGCUUGGCUUGGAUCGGCUCUUGCUGUCUGUGGCUCUCUUCAUGGAAGGCUUGCUCUUCUGUUUCCGUGACUACAGCGAUGCUGCGCUGGACCAGCACCUCCACUCCCUGCUGGCCAUGGCUAUCUUUGCUGGAGCCCUCUGUGCCCUCCUGGAGGUGUUCCUCCGAGACCACAUCAUCCUGGAGUCCCUCAGGACCAGCACCUUCCUUCUGCAGGGCUCCUGGCUCUGGCAGAUUGGGUUUGUGCUGACCCCACCAUGGGGAGGACCAGGCUGGGAUCAGACCGACCGCAGCAAUGUCACAUUCCUCACCAUGUGCUUCUGCUGGCACUACGCGGGUGCCCUCGCCGUCCUGGCAGCCAACGCAGCCACGUCUCGCUGCUGCAACGAGUCCUGCCAGCUGAAAUUUGGGGACAUCGACGUGGAGCUGGACUGCGGCAUGUGCAUCCGCAAAAGCAAGGGCUCCAGCGGCGCCCUGCUGCCGGAGAGCGGCUUGGAUGACAAGUGAGGCUGAGUCGGGUGUUUCCCUUGUGGAAACUCCUUCCUGCUGGUCUAAAGCUACUGAAAUGGGAAUUUGAGUUUUGCCUUGUUGACCUGCACCGACGCUUGAUGGGGGAGCACCAGAAGCGGGAGGCAGGGCCCCAAAGGCAGAGUGCGGCAGCAGGCACGGAGCUGCUCCUGCACGCUGCCGGCAUCCCGCUGGCAGCAGUACACCCAAACCAGGCUCCUCGGGGAGGGUGUACCUAAUUUUCUCAGGCUGCGAUCUGCAGGGAUGGUUUGCUGGUGGAAUCUGCCUGGUGUGGCUGAUUUGGCUCUUAUUGAACCUGGCCCUCGCUGCUGGAGGCAAACUGCCUUGUGAGUCCGUUCCAGCAUCUGUCGCUUGCUCUGGUGCUAACGGAAGGGUUUUUGUACAAAGCUUAAUGUGCACAGCGUAUAUGUGACCACCAAUAAAGUACUUUAACAAACAGUGA